GUGGCACUUGCGGCGGUCCACACGCUCUUCUUACCAUAGCAGCACACAUUUUUGUUUGGUAACACUCUUCUUGUUCAUUAGACAUGUAGACACAAUCACUCACGAUAAACAUCAUUCGAACAAUGGCCGGAAAUAAUUCACGACACAUGAUAAUACUAGUAACGCUGGUCCUAGCUGCGUUUUCAGGGUUCGGAUAUUCAUUUAAUUUUCAUCACCCUUCGUUGUUUUCUACUAGCACAAACGUAACGUCUCCUUUUUUGCACUUCCCGAGGCUUCCACGUGGUCGGCGUCUUGCGGCGGCGCCACCCUCUUCGCCGGAAGGAAGGGAGAAACAUAGCUUCAACACCAGUAACGUGUGGCAGAGAAGGAACAAAAACUUCGAGAAGAUUGAAGCACAGUUAGGAAAAGCCAGGGCUGCAAUUAGGGAAGCUAAGAAUCGAGAUGACGAGCCAGACCCUGAUUAUGUGCCAAGUGGUCCAAUGUAUUGGAAUUCAAAAGCCUUUCAUAGAAGUUAUCUGGAAAUGGAAAAACAAUUCAAAGUGUUUAUCUAUGAAGAAGGAGAUCCCCCAAUAUUUCACACUGCGCCAAGCCAUGGGGUACUUGGAUUAGAAGGGAUUUUUAUUAAUGAAAUGGAACAGAGCCAGUUUCGUACCAGGGAUCCUGACAAAGCUCAAGUUUAUUUCUUGCCGUUUAGCAUUAUAUCAAUAGUUCACUUUGUUUACGUGGUUGAUUCCCAUGAUUGGAGUCUUAUGGAAAAUACUGUUGCAGACUAUGUCAAUGUGAUUGCCCAGAAAUACCCAUACUGGAACCGAAGCCUGGGAGCUGAUCACUUCAUGCUAGCUUGCCAUGAUUGGGGGCCUAAAAUCUCCUUUGCUGUUCCUAAUCUGUACAACAGCUCAAUCCGAGCUCUAUGUAAUGCAAAUACAUCCGAAAGAUUCAACCCUAACAGAGAUGUGUCAAUUCCGGAAGUAGAUCUCCCAGGUGGUACGACCGAUGGCUUGUUAGGUGGUCCGUCACCAUCACGUCGUACAAUUUUUGUUUUCUUUGCUGGAGGGAUUCAUGGCUACAUUCGGACAGUGCUCUUCGAGCAUUGGGAAAACAAGGAUACUGAAGUGCAGAUUCGCCAAUACCUUCCAAAAGGCGUCAAGUACUAUGAUAUGUUGAGAAAGAGCAAGUACUGCAUUUGUCCAAGUGGGUAUGAAGUAGCCGAUGCUAGAAUAUUUGAGGCACUGUACACCGGAUGUGUUCCCGUUAUCAUUAAAGACCAUUAUGUGGCACCUUUUAGUGAUGUCCUGAACUGGGAAUCAUUCUCUGUCAUUAUUCCGGUAAAAGACAUUCCAAACCUGAAGAAAAUUGUGAAGAGUAUAUCUUCGAGGCAAUACAUAAAGAUGCAAAUGAGGGGGCUUAAAGUAAGGAAGCAUUUCGAGGUUAACUUUCCUCCUAAGCGGUAUGAUGUCUUUCACAUGAUUCUUCAUUCUAUCUGGCUAAGAAGGCUUAACCUUCAAAUUCGAGACUAGGAGGCAUUGCAACCUUUUAGAUCAUACAAGCAGGAUCAUUCACUUGUUUAAAUUAGUUGUGCUGUAUAGGAAACAAACAUCUUCAAUAGUUAACCAAGUGAUUUCAACUUCAAUUGUAUUAAAUUUUUCAUUGCUGUGUUUGUUUAUA